AUGAAAACAAUCAUUGCAGCCUGUUCCCAAAACCUUAGUGGCAGCCGUGCCAGCAUCCAGGCAGCCCUGCGCACCCUGCUCGCGGUGCCCUGGCCCUCGCAGAGGGACAUCCGCUCCUGGCUCCAGCUCCUCUCCGUCCUGCAGUGGGUGCUCAGCUUCCUGCUGCUGGGAACUGUCAGCCUGGUGGUCCUCAUCUACCUGCUGUUCACCAGCUUCUGGCCCAUCUCUGUGCUCUAUCUGGCCUGGAUCAUCUUUGACUGGGACACGCCAGAGAAAGGUGGGAGGAGGCUGCCGUGCUUGCGUCGAUGGUCUGUGUGGAGGCACUUUCGGGAUUAUUUCCCUGUGAAGCUCGUGAAGACACAUGACCUGUCCCCCAGCCACAACUACAUCAUUGGCUGCCACCCCCACGGCAUCCUCUGCGUCGGUGCCUUCUGCAACUUCAUCACAGGCUCAACAGGCUUCAAUGAGAUGUUCCCAGGCAUCCGGUCCUUCCUCACCACCCUGGCUGGCAACUUCCGCCUGCCCAUCUUCAGGGAGUACUUGAUGAGUGGGGGCCUGUGCCCGGUAACCCGCCGCGCCAUCGAGUACCUGCUGUCCCAGAACGGCCCCGGCAACGCCGUAGCCAUCGUGAUCGGCGGCGCGGCCGAGUCGCUGUCCUGCCGCCCCGGCGUCACUACGCUCAUCCUGAAGAACCGCAAGGGCUUCGUCCGCAUGGCUCUGCGUCAUGGGGCCCACCUCGUCCCAUCAUUCUCCUUUGGGGAGAACGACCUCUUCCGCCAGGUGGUCUUUGAGGAGGGCAGCUGGAUGAGGAGCAUCCAGCAGCGCUUUCAGAAGAUGAUGGGCUUUGCUCCCUGUGUCUUCUAUGGCCGGGGGCUCACCUCUGACCAGUCCUGGGGCUUCCUCCCCUUCGCCAGACCCAUCACCACUGUGGUUGGGGAGCCAGUGAUGGUGCCCAUGAUCAGGAACCCGAGCCGUGAGACGGUGGACAAGUACCACGAGCUGUACAUCCGCUCCCUGGUCAAGAUCUUCAACGAGAACAAGACCAAGUACGGGCUGCAGGAGACCGACAAGCUGCACAUCCUCUGA